CCAAGACUGCUCCUGGGGCCAGGCACCUGGGGCAUGUGCCCCUCCACUUUGGGGCUGGCCCCACCCCAGAUCCAGCUAUGAAAGAAGCAAGACGCGCCCUCUUGGAGAUGAAGAUCAGACCCCUGAUUCUCACUGCUCCCCAACAGGUGCUCCGGGGCCUUCCUUGGCUGUCGUGGAGGCUACUUCUGAAGCUGGGCACCCCAAGGUGGCACCAGCAGCCAGGAUGUCCACACAGAGCAUCCACUACCUGAAGCCCGUGGCCCUGUGCCUGGCACCUGGGAUCCCAGAGUCCCCAAGCCGCCACCGGCGCCACACACUCCCUGCCAGCGAGUUUCGCUGCCUCACCCCAGAGGACGCAGCUAGCGUGUUUGAGAUUGAGCGUGAGGCCUUCAUCUCUGUCUCGGGCACGUGCCCCCUGUAUCUGGAUGAGAUCCGGCACUUCCUGACCCUCUGUCCAGAGCUGUCCCUGGGCUGGUUCCAGGAGGGCCGCCUCGUGGCCUUCAUCAUCGGCUCGCUGUGGGAUGAGGAGAGACUCACUCAGGAGUCACUGACGUUGCACAGGCCUGGUGGCCGCACGGCCCACCUGCAUGUGCUGGCUGUGCACCACACCUUCCGGCAGCAAGGCAAGGGCUCCAUCCUGCUGUGGCGCUACCUGCACCACCUGGGCAGCCAGCCCACCGUGCGCCGGGCCGUGCUCAUGUGCGAGGACACACUGGUGCCCUUCUACGAGAGGUUCGGCUUCUACCCUGUGGGCCCAUGCGCCAUCACUGUGGGCUCACUCGCCUUCACGGAGCUCCAGUGCUCCCUGCGCAGCCAUGCCUCCCUGCGCAGGAACAGCAACUGCUAAACCAUGCUGACCACCUGCCCGCUGCCCCGGGGUGCCCAUGGCUGGUGAUGGAGAUGUGGGAAGGCAAGCUGGGGCUCCUACCCAGCCCCAGUGUCCCCUUCCCUGGCCCGGCCUCCCCCAGGUUGGCUGAGCAUGAAGGGAGACCAGGUACUGGUGGAGCAGGGAGAGGCGAAAAAAAGGAGAUGGGGUGGCUUUUCCCCAGCCCAGCCUGCCCAGCUAGAGCACUAGUGUGCUUCCUCCAGUCUGUCCUCACGAGGGCCUCUGGACCGCCUGCGUUCCAAAUUGCCCGAGCUGGGGCUGGAUCGGCGAACAGACAGUGGGAGGUGUCCUGCAGCCUUGCCUCAGCUCUUCCCUCCUCAGGAACCGAUGGUGGACCGUCUAGGCAUGAAGGGGCUCAGCACCAGGGGAGCAUCCUCACAGGAGGAGCCCAGCGCUCAGGGGCUCUUUUUGUCCCCAGCCCCAGGGCUGCCCCUUCUCACCUUCAGCCCUGGAACAGGGGGUAGCCGGGAACAGGGAAGUACAGGGGCCACAUCUGGGCUCACCCACCUCCCCAGUCCCUGUGCUGCCCCUCCUCCUCCUCCCAGGCCACAGGCACCCUGGCUCCUCUGUCCACAGUAAUAAAGUGGUUGUGCCCAUCGCCUUCCGGGUGGCUCCUGGGUGUGGGGUGAAGGGUUGGGGCUUGCCCCCAGCUGCAGUGAAUGGACAAGCACUGUGCCUUCCCACCCACAACAUCCCUACCAGGGUGGCCCGCCCCUCAGCCCAGCCAGCCCCCUCACUGCCCCUAUAAGCACGUGGGGCUGGGGGCCCCCAGGAGUCGAGGGCUUUAACCUGCCCUCUCAAGGGACGUCCUGAGGCCCUCCACGUGACCCCAACCUGGUUUCUGGUCCAACCAAAUCCCCCAGAAGUCAACAAGUUUUCCACCGUCCCUUGGACCAAGCCCCUGCCCCUGAGCGCUACCUGGCUGCCCCCAACCCCAAAAUAAGGUUCCAGCUUUCAUUCUACCUGAGCCCUCAAAAGACAAUACUUCCAUAAAGAAUAUCAUUUAAUACAUUUGAGACAUCAUCCAUACAAAGUUAGCGUUACUUUAAAAAUUAGGAUCAUAAUAUAAACUGGUAAAAAAAAAAAAAAAAAA